AUGCCACGAAUUCCAUACAGGUAUCCUGCUGCGGGUGUGGACCCCAUCGCAGAUGCCAUUCGCGAACGACGCGGCGCUCGAGGCUUGACACCACUCGAUGGCUCUCUACUCAAUGCACCUGCCAUUGCCAACGGCUGGAAUACACUACUCGGAGCAACUCGAACCAAGAAUUCGAUCCCGGAUGAUGUUCGAGAGAUGAUGAUCCUCCGUGUCGCUGCUCACAACUCGGCUAACUUCGAAUGGAUCCAGCAUGCUCCCGUUGCUGAGCAGGCUGGAUGCAGCACCGCCCAACUUGCUGCAGUCCGUGACCUACGAGCUCCCCUGUCGGCAUCUUCAGUGCUCAGUCCACUGGCAAAGGCUGCUUUGGCGCUGGCAGACGACAUGACCACCAAGAUUCGCGUCGAGGAUUCCACUUUCUCCUCUCUCAAAUCUGCGUUUGCCGAGAAUGUCAAGCAGCUCGGCGACAAGGGCAAGCUGGACGGCUUCCAAGGUGAACAGCUUGUCAAUCGCAAACUCGCAGAGGCUACACUCACCGUCGCUGUCUAUAACAUGGUCUCUCGCUUCCUUGUUGCCGUCGAUGUCGACGACCGAGCCAACCUGCCCGUACCCAAACCAGAAGGUAGCAAGCAUGUCCAAGAUCCGUCGACACUCCAGUUGCCCCUCGCCGGACCCAGCUCUUCAGCAGGUCGAGGUGUGGUACAGCUUCCCGAUGGUCAGCUCUUGAGCACGCGAGUGCACUUCCACAGCAUGAACGCGCCUUGGAUCGUGCUCAUCAACUCGCUCAUGACCAACUUGUCCAUGUGGGAUGCUGUCGUUCCAGCGCUUUCAUCUCGGUUCAAUCUCCUCUCGUACGACCAGAGGGGACACGGAAGCUCCGCCCUCCCCGCCGAAGCUUGCACCAUCCCUCAGCUCGCAGAUGAUGUUGCUUUCUUGCUCGACAGCUUGGCGGUCAAGAAGGCUCAUGCUGUUAUCGGUGUCUCGCAAGGAGGCGCUACAGCGUUAUCCUUUGCAGUCCGACACCCUGACAGAUACGAUAGGCUUGUGGCUUGCGAUACUCAGCCAAGCACUCCGGCGGCCAACGUAGGUGCAUGGGACGAGCGAAUCGCCCUGGCGAGGAGCAAGGGUAUGGGCCAGCUAGCUGCUGCUACUGUGCCACGAUGGUACGGACCUGGCUCGCAAGCCAGCGCAGACUGCAGGGCGAGGACAGAAGAGAUGGUCGAGACUACUCCUCUUGAAGGUUUCGCUGCUGGUGCUCGAGCGUUGCAGAACUACGACUUGAUCAAGGAUGGCAUUGUCGAUGCUUUCAGCAAAGCCUUGUCGAGUCGACACUUGCUCCUUGCAGGUGAAGCGGAUGGCAAGUUGCCAGAGACGCUUCAAGCUUUCGCUACAAAACUCAAGCAAGCUGGUGCAUCAGCCGAGUUUGUUAGCAUUCCCAAUGCUGGUCAUUUGCCUAUGUGUGACAAUCCGGAUGCCUGGUUGCAGCCCGUUCUAAAGUUCCUGUCGUAG